UGUUGGGUUAUUGACUGGCUGCAACUCCAGUUGAGUGUUGGACUACCCAACCAGUACAACUCCAUCUACAUCUAGACGUUGUCCACAUGGACAGCAUCAAUUUCUGAGCUUAUAUAUGUAUAUCUAUUAAUCUUAGUGAGUGUCCUUAGCCGCCUGCCUUGCUAAUAUUCUCUAUCCACGGCGUUCUUCAACUUAUAUGCUCUGAUUCAGGCAUGCUGCUUCUCCAGUUAUUUAUGUGACACACUAACCUUCAGUAAACCAACUGUGAGCCGCAGCUCUCUUUGAUGGCUUCUCCUUCUCGAGACAUAUGCUAUUUCACUAGUCCAUGAAAGAGUUAUAAACUUAGUAUUCAGCUAGUCUGAUUCGUACGUGUUCAUCGAUCAGCAUGGACUUGGCAAGCACAGCCGCCGUGGGAUGGGCGCUCGCUCUUCUUCUCAUCACUGCUUUAGCUACCAAGAUAGCAAGAGCAAGAAUCACCAUUGUCGAUCCACCGCGUACGACGACGACGACGACUCAACCUCCACCCGUGGUGAAUGGCAUCGCUCUCCUAAGACUGUUACCCACCCUUUCCAAGAAGGGUCUGCCGGCCAUGGUGAACGAUCUGUAUCUGAAGUUCGGCAGCGUGUUCAUGGUAAGCGUGUUUGGGAUCAAGGUAACGAUCUUGAUCGGGCCAGAGGUGACCCCUCACUUCUUCCAAGGUCUGGAGUCGGAGAUUAGCCACGGUAAUCUGCUUGAGUUCACCGUGCCCAUGUUUGGCGAAGCGGUUGGUUACGGCAGAGAUGCCGCCACCCGAAUUGAACAGACCCGCUUCCACAUCGAGGCGCUGAGGCCAUCCAGGUUGAAGAACCACGUCUAUCCCAUGAUUCAAGAGGUCGAGGACUAUUUCGCAAAAUGGGGAAACGAGGGCAUAGUGGACCUAAAGCUUGAGUUCGAGCGGUUACUCAUGUUGAUCUCAAGCCGAGUUUUACUCGGAAAAGAAGUUAGAGAAACCAUGUUUGAUGAGGUCUACACACUGUUUCGUGAAAUCGAAAACGGUGUGACCGUGAUCAGUUUCUUAUUUCCAUAUCUCCCGAUUCCAGCAAACCACCGGCGAGAUAGAGCGCGCACCAGGCUCACAGAAAUACUCUCCGAUGUCGUCAAGUCGCGUAAGAACUCAGGCAGGGUUGAGGAGGACACACUCCAAAAAUUGAUAGACUCCAAGUAUAAAGAUGGCCGCUCCACAACCGUACCAGAGGUUGUCGGGUUGAUCAUCGGUCUCCUAUUUGCUGGAAAACAUACCAGCUCUCACACCAGCACCUGGACUGGAGCCUGUUUGCUUAGCCACCCAAUGUUCUUAAGAGCUGCCAUUGAGGAGCAAAAACAAAUCGGUAGGAAAUAUAAGGAUGGGCUCGGCUACGAUGCUAUGUUAGAGAUGGAUACCCUGCAUAGUUGCAUCAAGGAGGCGCUAAGGAUGCACCCUCCAACGCCAAUGCUGGUUCGCAAGGCACAUAAGCACUUUACGGUGCAGACGAAACAAGGCAAACAAUAUGACAUCCCAGAAGGGCACACCGUAGCGAGUCCUAUUGUAGUCAACAAUAAUAUCCCCUAUAUUUAUAAAGACCCAGAGGUUUAUGAUCCAGACCGGUUUGGUCCCAAAAGACAAGAGGACAAGGUAGGUGGCAAGUUCUCUUAUACGUCCUUCAGUGGUGGAAGGCACACUUGCACUGGUGAGGCCUAUGCUUACAUGCAAAUUAAGGUGAUAUGGAGUCAUUUGCUAAGUAACUUUGAACUCAAAUUGAUCUCACCUUUCCCCAAGACAGAUUGGAGCAAAUUCUUACCAGAGCCAGAAGGAACAUUGUUUGUAAGAUAUAAGAGAAAUGGCUGCCGUGCUAGCACUUAGUUGAACUACUAUGCGCAAUCUAUAUGCAUGUAUGUGCCUUUCGUUAUGCUGUAACUCGUCUGAUCUUGUUUGUAUGUCCACAUGUUUUAUUGAGAGAUGGUGUACCUGUGUUUCCGACAUCUAUGAUUUGAGUACUUGAAGGUUCAA